AGUUCAAUGAGAGGAGAUUGAAAAAGGUGAAUGAACUUAUAAUUAAGGAAGGAAGUAGCCUGAGGCUGACCCUGCCAAAAGAGGUAACAGAGGAAACAGCAAAAAAAAAAAAAAAAACUGUUGUGUAUAGAAUACUCUCAAACUCAAGCAAGAGGGUGGAAAUAGCAACCAUUGAAGCAAUGGAGGAGUGUCUUAAGGGUAUUAAGCACUUUAUGGCAUACUACACCAGAGGCAAGAAGUACGGCACAGUGGAGAUACAGUUUGCAACCAAACAAGACACAAUAAAGUGCUCCACUGUGCCAUUGAGGUUGGAAGAGUGGGCACUGCUGCCAACCUACUGUGGCAAAUGUGCAGCCAGAAUUAAGAUUGGCAGAGUGCCCCCAGAAAUUGAUGAAACAUGACUGUGGCAGCCAUCCUCUACAACACAGAGGAGGAGACCAAUGUGCUGAAGGUAACGAGGACAACAGAGGUAAAGUGGUUUGGAUACAGCUUUGAGGUGACAGUCCAAAUCAGUUUGCUGGACCUGCAUAAAAUUGUAGAUGAAAUUAUGUUGCCAAAGGAUGUUAAAUUAAAAGUAAUAGUGGAGGGUAGAUCUCCUAUCUGCUACCACUGUGAAGUACAGGGACACAUGCAAGCAAGGUGUCUCCAGAAACAAGAAGUAGAACAGGAGGAGGAGGUGGAACAAGGAGUGGUAGCACGAAGCCAAGUAAGUGAAGAGAUGGAAAAUACUCAGUUGGUAAAAGAAAGAAGAAAAGAGAUGAAAAUGUAUAUUCACCACCAAAAAGCCCGCAAAAAAAGUAUGCAGAAAGGAAAGGAAGCAACAAUAAAGAGUAAAAGUGGGAUAGAGAUGGUUGAGACACAAAAACCAGGAACAUCAGGAGAGAUUAGAUAUGGAAAACGGGAAGGAGUACCAAAAGGAAAAAAAACGUGUGGAUGAUGAUAGAAUAUAAAAAGAACAUAGAAAUAGAGAAAUGGAUCACUAAAAUGAAAAAUGUAAUCAGAGUGAAAUUGUUGGGGAUGGAGCAUACCGAAGAUGACAGGGCAGUUUUGCUAGAGAGAGAGAAAAUAGAAAGAUUAAAAGAAUUCUUUGGUGAACAAAUUGUAUUAUCAGAGUUGUGGGUUCGAUGCAACGAACUACCACCAGUGGUGUCAUUUGAAGACAUAGUGGAGUACUUAGUCAAUUGAA